AUGGACGACCAAAGCAAUCUGAUGAGGCAACUCCUCAACCAAAUAAGCUUGGCUCAAAACCUUGGCCUUGGACAACCGGGCAAAGAGGGAAGGAUGGACGAACAUGCCGAUAGGCAGCUCGACGGGUACCAAGCAGGUCAAGCAGGAAUAAGUAGACAAGGCGAGGGACAACACCGUGAUCGACCUGCCAACAUGUCGCAAGCAUCUGCAAGCUACACUCAAAGCAGAUUGAGUUUAAGGAACAACGUGCAAGAAAGGCUAGGCCCACGACUUGACAUCCACGCCCGCAGGAAAAUGUACAUGAAAGGCUAA